GGUGGCCUAGGUACCUGGAGCGGGAAGGAAAGGUACCAAGUAUGGUGGCCACGGUCGUCCAUCCGGAGCGACCUUGCGGCCUCUUAGUCUCCGAGGUCCCGGAACGCCGGCCCCGGGCGCACAGGGGUGGGCGUGGGGUGGGCCCGUGCUCCCUAGCGCCUGGAAACGGUUCUUGGGAGGGAUUUCUGAGUUCCUGGAAUCCUGCGGAUGUGUUUGCUCGAGAGCGUGAGAGAGAAAGAGGCGAACUUGCGACUAACUUCGGGUCAGUGUGUUCGCAGAAGGCAAUCAUCAGUUCGCCCGUGUGUUGGUCUGUCUCUCCCGUUCAUUCGCACAAAGUGAAGCCAUGCAGCCUCCCAGGUCAAGACCCAGGGGACCGGACCGUGAGGCCUGGCGGGGUGAGGCCCUUGAUGUGCGCCUCCGUGUUCUGAUCCUAAGCUCAAGCUGCCCAGAUGCCCACUGAGUGUCAAGCGAGAGAAGCUACGUGGGAAAGAGGGCCACCCCACCCCCCAGCCCCACCAAUGCGGGAUCCUUGUACCUACAGCCCUGGCCUGUCACUGCCCAUCCAUCUGGGGAUCCCGGUAGGCAGCGGGAGAGGGAGGGGAUGGUGAAGUUGGGUAGGUACAGGAUGGAGGUAGAGAGGAAAGGGGGGGGGUAAGAAACAAGACUGGGUGAGGAUGUGGGUGGGGAUGGAGUUGGGGCAGCUUCGGAGAGCACCAGCUUUUGGCUAGCUUUGGGGAGGUAGGUCGGGCUGUGCCGUCACCCCCCCCCUACACACACACACACACACACACACACACACACACACACACACACACAGGAAAAUAAAGCUAAUGAUGUGGUAAUUUAGGAGGGGGUGAGGGGCUGGGCGACCGGAGGGAGGGCAGAUGGGGAACGCGUGCCCCAAGAGCGAAGACAAACAGCUGUGGAGACUCUCCCCGAGGCUCAGCCUUCCCACAGCGAGACGGGGACCCACCCGGCAUCUCGUAGGAAAGCGGGGAGGGUGGGGGAAGGCUGAGCGGAGAGGGAGAAAGCCUCACCAGAGGACAGAGGGAGGGAGGAAGGCAUCGGAGCGAGAGCGCACGCCGCGCGGUUUAAAAGGAGACACACUUCCUAAUGAAUAUUUAUCCGCCGUUGCUCCUGGCUCCUGGUUUCCCUUACCUUGCCGCAGGUCAGUCCAUGGUAUUCCGCUCCCCCCUAGACCUCUAUUCCUCCCACUUCUUGUUGCCAAACUUCGCCGAUUCUCACCACCGCUCCCUACUUCUGGCGAGUAGCGGCGCGGGCGACAUCGAGCGGCUGGGCCGCUUCCUCUGGUCGCUGCCCGUGGCCCCCGGGGCGUGCGAGGCCAUCAACAAGCACGAGUCCAUCCUGCGCGCGCGCGCCGUGGUCGCCUUCCACACGGGGAACUUCCGCGACCUGUACCACAUCCUGGAGAACCACAAGUUCACCAAGGAGUCGCACGGCAAGCUGCAGGCCAUGUGGCUCGAGGCGCACUACCAGGAGGCCGAGAAGCUGCGCGGCCGCCCGCUCGGCCCGGUGGACAAGUACCGCGUGCGCAAGAAGUUCCCUCUGCCGCGCACCAUCUGGGACGGCGAGCAGAAGACGCAUUGCUUCAAGGAGCGGACUCGGAGCCUGCUGCGGGAAUGGUACCUGCAGGACCCCUACCCCAACCCCAGCAAGAAACGCGAACUGGCGCAGGCCACCGGCCUCACUCCCACACAAGUAGGCAACUGGUUUAAGAACCGGAGGCAGCGCGACCGCGCCGCGGCGGCCAAGAACAGGUCAGUGGCGGGGGCCCCGCGGCCCGGCUACGUUUUCUGCUCCCAGCAUCCGUGUUUUAUCCUCCCCCGCUCCUGCGCUCUUCGGAGAGCGCGCCAGAGCAAAGCCAGCCAGGACUCCCCGGGGAGUCGCGCGGACACCGGCACCUCCAUCCUCUCGGUAACCUCCAGCGACUCGGAAUGUGAUGUAUGAUGCCCAAGGCCGUCCUCCUCCCCGCCCCCCUCCGCUCCGUAUCCCCCUUCUCCUCCUUGACCUCCUCCUCGUCCUCCUCCAGCCCCAGAACAAACCGAUAUCAGGAUACACCAUCACACACACACACACACACACACACACACACACACGCGCACACACGCUCCCCACCCCAGCCAAAAAAAAAUAUAUAUAUAUUAAAAAAACAACACAAGAAAAAUAAGUUUAACGCAAACCAUCAACAACCCCCAACCCCCGUUUCUCAUCGCGGCCACCCCAAAGGACUGCGACGUCAACAGACAGUCACAAACGCUGAUGUUGUUGUGGGCAGAAAACAUAAAAGAGGUGACAAUUGUAUACUUUCUCGGACAAGCACGGCUUCUCCUUUCGGUUCCCACGGACUGGCACCCCACCUGCAUGACGAUUUAUUUGUAUCUGGGAAAAUAUUCUCUCUAGUUUAAAACGAUUUAAAAAGAGUCGACUGUACAAAAACCACCACCACGAUGACAAGACAACAAAAGCAAAAGAGACAAAAAGAGGAAAAAGAAAGUAAAACCGCCAUCUCCUUUCGGAAUUU